AGAUGGCACCGGCUCAUGCCAGCUUCAGGGUCCCUUCCGGCUCUCGCCCAUUCUGCAGCCUCCAAUCUGCGCGCCGGGGCCGGCCCGGAGCCGCCGCCCUCCCGGCCAACCCGGCCCCCGCGGCCAGACCCCGACAUUCGGCCCGGCCAGCAGCUUCGGUUCCGGCGGGACGGCGGCGGCCCCAGAGCCAUGUCCACCCAGCUGUUCGAAGGGCAAGACCAUGCAGCCAUUUAUCAGAAGCACAGGUUCCCUCCCCCCGAGGAGCUCCUUCGCAUCAUUUUCUCCUAUUUAGAAGAAAAGAAAGGCAAACCCUAUGACCUGGCCGUGGACGUUGGCUGUGGCUCGGGCCAGAGCACCCAGGUCCUGGUCCCCCACUUUGCCAGGGUCCUGGGGACAGACAUCAGUGAGGCUCAGGUCCAGCAGGCCAAGCAAGCGCACAGCUCCUCCCAAGUGUCCUUCUGCGUGUGCCCCGCAGAGACCCUCCCGGUGGAGGACGGCUCCGUGGACCUGCUCACGGCCUUCACGGCGGCGCACUGGUUCGACCUGGAGCCCUUCAUGAGCGAGCUGGCGCGGGUGCUGAAGCCCGGGGGCUGCAUGAGCCUCAGCUCCUACUCCCCGCGGAUGGGGAUCCGCUACGGCGCCUGCUCCGAGGCGCUCACCCGGAUCUUCCAGGAGACGCAAGCUGUCCUUAAUAAGUAUGCAAAUGAGAAACUGCAGGUCCUUCUCUCCGAAUACCAAGAGAUAUUUGAUCUUGUGCCUUUUCCAGACAAAAAAAGGAUCAUUCUCCAGGGAAGUGAAAUUUCCUUUACGGUCGCCGGCCUGAUGGGAUUUCUCCAGUCCUUUUCCAUGUUCCAGACGUUUAAGAAGGCCCAACCGGAGGCAGCGGCGGCCCUCCUGCGCCAGACCCAAGCCAGGUUCCUGGAGACCAUGAAGGCAUCUUCUCCCGAAACCCGGCUGGCCUUGACCCUCGAGUACGUCUGCGUUUUGGCCUGCAAGGCGCCCGAGAGAACGUUUCCAGAUGAGCCCAAGUCCUGUUCUGGACCCGGUUCCAAAUCCAAUAAAGAUUCCAGAAUCCCGGUCCCGGUCUCUCGCGCUCCGGGGGGUUCUCUCUGCCCCUCCCCGCGCUCCUCGGCCUGGAUCCCGUCACAGAGGGCGCAGCCCCAGGCUUGCCGUCGGCGGUUACUGAGCGGGAGGGGCAGGGGUCCGAGGGCAGGGGCCAGAAUGAGCGCGUGCUGUGGGGCGGGGAGGGCCCCGAGCCAGUAUUGGUCGUGGGGGCAUCGGUCACCCUCAGGGAGAAGGCCGUCGUUUUCCUCCUGGGACCCGUUCGGUGGAGAAUUGGGGAGUCCUUUAUCCAGGUGGCCGUCCCCCCGUGGGGGCUUCCAGGACGACUCUAAGAACGGGAGGGGGAAAGGGGAGGAGUGGGGGGCAGGGAGGAGCCUGUUCCUGUCGCCCCAUCAGUCCCCCAUCCUUUUUCUCCCUCCUCCCUCUCUGCCCUCCUCCCCCUCACUAGUCUUCCUGGCCUUGGGAUUUCGAACCCGGGGAACCACGGCGAUGGCCUUUGUCCCGCAAGGAGCAGGCUGGGACUCCCACAGGCAGGAGGGAGCUCGCCAGGAUUUGAACUCGGCUCCGGAGCGCCGCCCCCGCCCCCUUUCCUGGCAGUCCCAGCUGGGCUCACACUGA